AUGUCGCGUCACUUGCUUAUACUAGCAAAUAGGGCACUACUUGGAAAUACGCGUCUUCUGAGCGUCCUUGGUCACAGAAAUAGUAUACGUGGUGGUACCUCUCGAAUAUUCUCGCGUUUUUACUCAAUAGAAGGCAGUGGUAUAACUCAACUAUGGCCUUAUCAAGCCGAUACAAGAAGCAUAGAUUUUUUUGCUAGUGGCUUUUCCUCAAAGCAUUACAUGCCAAGGCCAGGAGAAGUUUUAGAAUUCCUUAAUAAACAUUAUCAAUUUCCUAGGAAAACGCAAGAUAAAUCCUUAUUCAGAAUUCGUUGUCCUUGUUGUCGUCCGCAUAAGAGAGGAACACUUUACACUGCUGUUAUAAAUGUUCAAAAAGGAUUAUUUCAAUGCGAGUCAUGUUUAAGAAAAGAAAAUUGGUUUGAUUAUAUAAAAUUAGUAUCGAAAUCCGACUCGUUUCAAGUAUUGAGUACGGUGGAUCUCAGUAGAGGGAGCAAAACAGAAUUCUCUGUACCAAGAGAUACAAUUGAAAAGUAUCCCAACCAAUUAUCAGAAUUUCCUAUUAUUGUGACUUGGUGUAAAACAGAGAAAGGUUUAACCCUUGAUACUUUACAAGAUUAUAAAAUUGGUGCUGCUAAAUAUUAUAAUACAAAUCCAUCAAAUAACGCUGAAUUGUCAACAGAUAAAGGUCAAGUUUGUAUAACGUUUCCAAGGAUGGCACCUUUAUUUUUGGAUCCACAGGCAACAGAUGAACCAAUUACAAAAACUGUGAGAAUAAAAGCAUGCGAAAUAGGAAGUGGUGACUUAGUUGCUUUCGAUCCACCAACAUCAGAAGCAGGACUCUUUGGCUAUCAUUUAGUGCAAUCUGAAACAGAAACCAUUAUUUUAACUGGGAAUGAAUUUGACGCGAUGGCUGCUUAUCAAGAAACCAAGUUACCCGCUACUUGUCUUCCAAAUAACACUUAUCAACUACCCUUGGAAAUUCUUCCUCUGUUAGAAAGAUUUGCAAAAAUCUAUAUUUGGUUAGACGACGAUGUAGCUGGUCAAGAAGCAGCUGAAAAGUUUGCCCAGAAGCUUGGAAUAAAUCGAUGUUCAAUUGUGAAAACUCUUGGUGGUAAUCUUAAUGGUCCUGUUAAUGCAAGCGAAGCAUUAGCUUCUGGAAAAGAUUUAAAAGAAAUCUUAAGAAAAGCGAAACCAUUAGAACAUGAAAAAAUAAUCGGUUUCGAUCAUCUGAAAGAUGCAGUAUAUCGAGAACUCGUUAACCCAAAUCAAGUUCGUGGAGUACAAUCCACUGAUUUACCCGGACUAAAUCAAAUAUUAAAAGGGCAUAGACCGGGCGAAUUGACCAUCUUCACUGGUCCAACCGGAAUAGGCAAAACUACAAUAUUAAGUCAAAUUUCCUUGGAUUUUUGUCGAUCAGGAGUCAGUACAUUAUGGGGUAGUUUUGAAAUACCCAAUGUGAGACUUGCGAAAAAAAUGCUUCAACAAUUUGCCGGUCACGAGUUAACACCAGAAGAAUUUUUUCAAACAACAGAAAAAUUUCAACAGCUUCCAAUGUAUUUCCUAAAAUUUUUCGGAAGCACCGAUUUAACAACUGUGGUGGAUGCAAUGAAUCAUGCAAUUUAUGCUUUUGAUGUUCAACAUGUUAUCAUAGACAAUUUACAGUUUAUGACUGCAGAUCAAGGUAGAUUUCAUGAUCGAUGGGAAAUACAAGAUCGUACCGUUGGAACAUUUCGUAGAUUUGCUACUGAACGAGGCGUCCACAUAACUUUAGUGGUACAUCCAAAAAAGGACGAUAGAGAAUUUCUUGACUUGAAUUCAGUUUUUGGAUCCGCAAAAAUUACACAAGAAGCAGAUAAUGUUAUAAUUAUUCAACGAUUAAUAGUUGAUGAUGAGGAAAUAAGAUAUUUGGAUAUCAAGAAAAACAGAUACGACGGAACACUUGCUGCUAUACCAUUUGAAUUUGACAAUGAGUCAUGUAAAAUCCGACAACUUACACGAAAUGAACACGAUCGUCGCGCAAAGGGUUCAAAGAAUAAAACUCGACAAGAAACUGAAAUGGUACCAAUCAUUAAUCAAAAUGCAGGUGAAAAUAGAAACCUAAACAUUAAUCAACAAUAA